CUCUUCGCCAUGGUGCAGAAAGUGAUCAGGUCGCUGCUGGAAACGACGGCCUCAGGCAGGAGCCCACGUUAUGCCACAGUGAGGAUGGUUACGCUACCUCAGGAGUGCACGCAUGCGCCCAGAGGCACGCGGCGCCGCAACCCCCCAGGUCCACGCUGCGCAGCCGCACUGGGUGUUUGCCCCAGGCGUGCAGUGGCAGAAGCGUUCGCGGUGGUAUAAAGUUAACCUGCAUCUGCAGCGGCUCAGAGAGACACGGGCUGCUAACUCUUUGAAGGAUUGUGUGCUCCUGGCUGGACCCUUUGCCACAUACUACCUGGUCUUCAGCGAAGUGGAAAUCAAUGUUUAUGUUAAGCCAGUGCGCUUCUCAGCAGUCUCAGUCUUGACCUUUUCGAUCAGCAAGUACACACUAUUGUGUGCCGUGGUUUCUUCGCUGGGCCAGCACCACACCUUUGAGCUAUAUUGUGCCCACCUGGUGCUGAGCAGCUUUGGCCUUCAUGGCAUGCACCUGAAGCUCAUGGCCACCACUUUCCAGAGUCUGUUCCCUAUCAACGUACUCAAGGUGAACCUGAAGACUAUCAAGCAGCGACGUCUCAUCAGCUACAGUCCCUACUCCCAGGACCUGGAUUCCUGCCAUUAUAGCAUCAAAAUCAUUCUCGUGGGCACAUGUUGUGGAAUGAUGGAGCUUUCCCAGGAGAAGUUCACCAAUAUAAGCUACCUCCAGGACAUGGGGUAUAAUGAGAAGACUGCUAUCUACAAACCCGGAACAGGGCUAUCAUCAGGAAGCAAAUCAACCAACACCUUGAUUUUGCAUGUCUCAGACGACAAAACUCGGAACUAUGAAUCCAUCCUUGAUUCUGCUCAUUUCUCAGAGGUACCUGUGGGAAAUAAUUCACUCUGUGUAAGGAGAAAAUAUACUUCUGUAAAAUACAAUUUUUUAAGUCUUGCGUCAUGAGUUCUGUGUAAUUCCAAGUCUAUUAGGGUUUUUCUUUCCUGGAAGCUUAAGACAAAAAUCUGAUGUUAGGAAUAUCUGGCUAUUAACUGAAAGGCAUGCCUUGUGAAUAAAAAAUACUGCCGACAAUGAACUAUAUAAAUCCAGCAGUUUUAAAUGAGUGCCCCAAAACUAACUGAUAAAAAUGUUAAAACAACUUUAGUUUUUCAAAUGUAAUUAUUUUUGCAUGCUAAAAUGGACCGGUAGCCACAUUAUUUUGCAGUUGCUGUGAUUUAAUUAUGGGAAAUUGUUCAGUCAUUGGCACAUCAAACAUUAUGCAUCCCAUAAUCUCUUAUUCCAUUAGAUAGUUGCCCAUGGAAAAUAACCAUUUUAAGUAUGGUAUCUAUGUUUUUACUCUCUUUACUUCAUUUUGGUUGAUUUCCCGAGACACCAAAUUCAGUGUAAUAAUUCUUUCUUUAGCUUAGUGUAAUUUACUCUUUAACCUAUACAUUGUUCUUUUACUACACAUUACUCUAUUUUACAUUUAUGGAAAUCUUUAUUGAUUCCUCUGUAAAAAUCUACCUAUUCUGGUUAAUACUAUUUGGUUUUUUGAUUUUGUUUUCUACUCCUUAUUUUAUGUCUUUAGUUAUUUUAAACAGAGUUUUAAAUAGUGUCGUUCAGGGUACUCUAUUAUUUCAAGUACUUUUCCUGCAUGUUUGCAUUAUUUACUGUCGCUUAUGAAAGAUCAUUUAUUCCUGCACGUUUGCAAUUAUUUUCUCUGGUGCUCAGAGCUGCUGAAGGAAUUAUCUUUCUGGGAGGCCCAUGGGCCUUUAGCAAGGAAAGAGUUUCUAUAGGAACAGCUUCCUGGUUCAAUCAGAUCAAUAGAUGUUUUGACAGUUUGAUACCAGUUUUGUCAAUGUCUCAGCAAUAUGCUCUCAUUUCCUGGUGUGAAUUUGUCCCUCACACCGAUAUGUCUUUUUACCUGAGGUCUAGAAAAAGCAAAGCUUUGGAAGAGGACUGACAUGCUAUUAUUUUAAAGGGAGUAUAAUUAGAGAAAGUGUGGUGUGGGGCGAGGGAAGGGAAGCAGGGAAGGACAGAGUCACUGUGAAGAUGUUCUGUCUCUCUGGUCACUGCCAAGUGUGACCUUGGCUUCAUCCUUGGGUCAGGCCUCUGAGCAGCCUUAUGAGUCACCUAUCAGUAGCAUCCCAGUAAGUGUCUAGGGCAGAGCAAGGAGGGAGAGAGUUUGUUACAAAGGAGAAAGGACUUGUCCGUUGGAUCCACUGGGUUCUGUCUCCCCUUGGUUAAAAAGUUCAGCCCAUGCAAGUGAACUUGCCUGCACUUUGAAGUUACAUAGGCACGAGUGCCCAGAAGGAUUGUACAGAAUUCUGUUCCUCAUGUUUAACAAGGAAGACCAGGGAUGCAGGCAGGAACUGUCAGAGCAAGUGCCUGUGCCCGAUGGAGCACAGGGAGGCCAAACACAGUGAAACGCUGGUGUUUGGAAUAGAGAAGGGUUUACUGCAGGCCAUGUAAAGAGAUGGGUAGCUUGUGCAUCUCCCCACCCCCUAACAAAAGCCUGAACUCCCUAAAUGAAACCGUAAAGCAUUUUUAAAAGCCAGGUGAGGGAAGGGGUAUGUCCGAUAAGAGAUCAGCUCUCUCACAGUUCUUGGACUGACUGAUGGUGAGGUAACAGGGAGGUGUCACUGGUUGGGAGUGGUGGUGGUUAAUGUUAUCCUUAGGCUCCCGAAGGCCUGGGGGCUACUUUUUCCUUACCAUCAAGUAAUUAACAUCUUCCAUUUUCAGGGGGUGGGGGGUGAUGGUUUUACAUUUGUGAAAUAACUCAGGGAAUGUGCUCCAACUGCAGUUAUCUAGGUACUUCAGAGAAGAGCUAAAUCGAGGAUAUGGGGGAAGGGCAUGUCUCCUGAAGGCUCAGUUCCAGAACCUGGCAGCACACAGGAGAGGUGUUAUGUGGCCAGGAGGUGAGGCUCAGUUAGGUUCUGUCCUGGUGGUCAGGAGCUACCAGGGGUGUAAAUACCUUGAGCAUUUUCACUCUAAGAUCCUCUUGAUAGCCUGGAUUCUGGACCUUAGGAAGAAUACAAAUCAUCAUACAGAUGGUUUGAUCAAAAGGCAAGUGUGUGAUUCUGGGGAUGAUGUAAUACAAUCUAGCAUAUUGUAGUUUCAUUUUCCUGAGGGUACAUUUUUUCCCCCCUUUUCUCUUGAUAACUUCAUAUCAGUUCCUCAGUGCAUGCAUGGUGGAUAGACAUAUGUCUAGUUCUUUUAUUUUCAUGAAAUAGUAGUUUUUUAUAUUCUAGGUCUUAUGCUACAUGUCUGCAUUCCCUGGUCUCCUGUCUCAUCUCAGGCACAGGUACAUUUGGCAGGCUAUUGUAGCAAUCCAGGCGAAAGAUACUCAUAUGUACGUAUGUACAUAAAACUUUACUACUUCACAGGGAAAUCAGCUAAGAGAUGUGAAAUAAGAUAGGUUGAUCUUAUAAAAAAAAUAUGAAAUACUAUGUAGAGCUUAUUUUUAUAUUGGUAUUUAUUAAUUCAUGAAGGUUCAAAGUCAUUUUUUAACCUUCUUCAAUUCCAGUGACAAUGGCUUAGUGCAUGAUUUUAAGCAUUAAAUCACCCAGUUUCUAAUUGGAUGAUGUCACUUAGACUUUAAAAGUAACCAUUAUGGGUGCUUAAAAAAAAAUAAACUGAAGGAGAAUACAUAGAGAAUCUAGACAAUAUUUUUUUAAGAACGAUUUUUAUCAUGCUUUUCAUAUUUAAAAGUUUUGCAGUGUUUCCUUCUUGUGGGUCUCAUUGCAGAUACAUCUGCUUCUGUUUUGUGUCGGAAUUGGAACGCUUCCCACAACUAUGUAAAUCGUACAGCUUCCAACAUUGUGGACUGAAAAAGUAUAAUUUCGCUUUCUCAUUAGCGUAGGUACAAGUACAUUUGAUAAGUUUUUAAAGUGAGAAUCAGCUAAAUUAAUAUUAAAAUAUUUAAAAUAGUGUAGUUGGUGGGGAAAUAUGACAGACAUUUUAGUAGUUAUUUCUUUUGACUAUAUUAUGGCAGAGAAUAUAGCUGGGAAGUAGCUCAAAAAGACAGGAAAGUGAUCAUUUGUCAUAAAGCUAAGGUUAAAAACAAAGCAGAAGUAGAUUGAUUGACCUUCAAGUAAGAGCAAUAAAGUGAUUUCCUCGAUAAUUACCUGUUGAUGUCCCUCACAUUAGGAUUGGUUCCAUAUGCCUUGCAGUUCAUCAAAAUUCUUUAUAUAUUUUUUUCUCCUUAUUUAACCUGAGGGAUGGCUUUGCAAAGUUGCCUCAGGGAGCAGUUCUUCCCUUGGUAGGUAGUCUGGGGUGAAUAAGCAAUUACAAUUAAUAAAUACCAGAUUACUGUGCUCUCCUGAGACAGCUGCCUUUCUGAGAUGCAGGGAUGGAUAGCUUUGGGCAAUAAAGGACUUAAAAGUCUAUGGACACCAAUUAAAAAAUUAGAAAAAAAAAUCUGACUGGAGAAUCAUGACAAGAAGACGUGUUGAAAUGGAAAUGCAAACCUAAAUUAAAAACCUUGAAAGAUUAAUUGAAGGCAACAAAAUCUUGUUUGGCUUAGUCCAUAUGGUUCGGGUUUUCUCACUUGGAAAGACGUUUCCAAGUUGAGAUGAAGCUUUCCUAUUUCACCCCUUCUUACUCACCCCUUCUUACUUCUCUUGCCAACGUCUCACAGAAUCUUUCAGCAUGAAGUUCUUUGUUUAAUCCCAUGAGAGCGGGGGGAAAAUCAGUUUGUUCUUAUGAUUUAGUUGGCAAGACUUGAACAUUUGCUCAGUAGCUUUUAAUUUAAAAAGGAGAAAGAGACACAGAGAGAGAAACAACUAACCAGGAAUAUUCGACCUAAAAGAGUUCAUAUAGCAUUCUACGAGAAGAAAGAGAUAAUCUUUAUGGAAUUGUACUUAUGGACAAGAAUUUUGCCCCUUACACAGAGCAAAAAUUAGCACUCUCAAGUGGGCUGCGUUGAACCAGCAAAUCUCACUUUUAUCCUAAACAGAUACCUGUACAAAUGACUUUUCAACAGCAUGACUCUGCUUAACACUCCUGAACUGUAUGCUCUAAAAUGAUCAAGAUAGUGUUAUAUGGUAGAUGUAAUUUGCCACAGUUAAAAGUUAAAACAAAAUAAAAUAAAAAACCCUGUUACACACUUGUGGUGCAGUUUUUGAGGGUCAGGAAUGCAGAUACAACUUCGCCGAGUGUUUCUGACUCUGGGUCUCUCGUGGGUUUGCAGUCAAGCUCUAAGCUCAGGGCUGCUGAGGCUUGACCUGGGCUGGGGGACCCAUUUUCAAAAUGACUCACUCAGGUGGCUCUUUAUGGGAGACCUCAGUUCGGAGGCUUGACCUGGGCUGGGGGACCCAUUUUCAAAAUGACUCACUCAGGUGGCUCUUUAUGGGAGACCUCAGUUUCUUGCUGACUCUUGGUAGAGGGUCUUGGUUUCUCACUGCUUGACCUUGUUACAUGGCCAGGAACUGUCUCCCUUCAGAGCAAGGGAUCAAGAGUGAGGCAGAAGCUGCAGGGUCUAUGUAACCUCAUCUCAGGAAUGCUGUACUAUCACUUUUGCUGUAUUCUCUUGUUCUAACAGACCAAACCUAAGGUAGGCUGAGGCCAGAUGCCAUAGGGGUGAGACUAUCAGGGGAUACUCAUCUGGCAGGCUGGCUAUGACCUAGUACAAAACUGACUUUUGUUUCUUUUUGUUAUGAUGUAGAUAUUGUAUUGGACUAACUUACCUAUCAAAAUAUUUCUAGAAAUUAAAAAAAACCUCAAAAAAUAAAAGAUGUUUGAGGCUAUUAGAAGACAAGGAGGCCAGGAUUUGAGAGGCCAGAAUACCUGAAAGAAAGGAAAUACUUUUGUGCUGAGACCUGGCUUUACCUGCUUUCUCUCCUCACUGAAUUUGCUGAUUUGUGGCUUGAGCAGAGAGGACAAGUGAGGAGUGGUGCCCGUUUUCCUGGACUGGGGAGAAGAAAAUUGUAGUCCAGGGGUACAUACUCAACCAAGAGCCAGCACAUGUCCAGGGUUAUAGCUGUUAGCAUUGGAGGAUGUUCUCCCGAGUGUCAGAGUGAUACUUUGUUAUCAGGACAUAACUUUUCUCUUUACCUAACUUACUUCUUUCUCUCUGGCAUGAAUAUGGUUUGGAUGCAUUUUUGUAUCAGACUAGAAAUUAUGAGAAUUAAUUUUGUAAUUAGAAGGAAAAAGCACAUACAUUUAACAAGCAGGUCAAACACUGAAUAAUACUUCUACUAUUUUUUGGUUGAGUUGGCCCAUUCUGUGUGCUAACCUUGGAGACUUCAUAAGGGGAGGAAGGAUGCAUGCAAGGUUAAGGUAGGUCUAGUCCAAGUACUAUCUUUGUUUAUGUAAACAAACAAAGAUGUUGGCUUAUUUGUCAAGGCAACAACAAUGUAUGGGUUUUCUCCAGAUUUUGGAAGUAUAUUUGAUACGUCAUUUUUCAUGGUCUACAUGUUGAUGUAGAAUUCAGUUUGGAGGACCCUGGUGACACUUUGGAAGAUUGCUGGCUGUAUUUAUAUAGUCACACACUCAAAUAUGCAUAUGAUAAUAUGUAUACAUACAAUGAAUAUACAUAAAGUAAUUAUAUAGCAAAUACAUAUAUAAUUUUAUAUGCAUGCUUGUUUAUUUAAUGUGCUUAUUAUGGGCAGGCACUGCCAGCCCUUUACAGACAUCUCAUCAUAUAGUUGCUAGAAACAUGCUUGUGAAAUAAAUAUAUCAGUCAAAGUCAGACUUAACUGCUAUAACACAUAGGAAAAAAACAAAGAAUUUUCUCUCUCUCUAACACCAGUUCUGGGUGAGUGGUCCAUCUCUGCAAGUGUGUUUUCACUCUAUGUGGCCACGCAGGGACCUAAUUCCUCACAUUUUUUCCUCCUGUUCCUUAAAUGAUUGUCCACAUUUACAUAGAAGGGUAGAUGUUUUAAAAUUAAGGUUUUAGCUAGCUCAAAGGAAAGGUACAAACUGCAGAAAGAACCUGGAAGAAGAAUACUUACAGUUUUAAAGACCUAGGUCCAGACAUGGCACUUAUCACUUUUACUCACAUCUAGGUGGGGAGAAUAUAGUAAAAUGGUAACAUCUGAGUGCUGUGGGGUCUGGGCAUGUAGUUUGUGGAAAACCAGCAGUCUUUUUUAUGAUAGGUAUAGUAGGGAUGCUAGUUGUAUCCCAAAAUAUUAUUCCCUUUUACUACGGUUAAAAAAAAUCCUUAUUUUUUGACUGUAAGUCCAUCCAGCAUGGAUUCUUUCCAACCUCCCUUGCAGCUAGGUACAGCCACAAAUGUAAUUCUGGUCAGUGAGACAUAAGUUCUUGUGCCUUUAUCUGCUUUUUUUUUUAGAGUCAACAUCUGUGUACUCUUUACCUCUCCAUCCUUAUUCCUUCCUUCCUCCUGGUCCCUUCAAGAAGAUGUUGUUUUCCUGGAGUAGGAGCUAGAAUAGAGCAACAAGACAGAAGGAUUCUGGUCCCUUGAUACUGUUAAUCACCACGUCAGUCAUGGUCUGCUUGCUCAGAGUUUAAUAUGAAAGAAAGUAAACUUAAGUUUAAUGUAAGUCAGUCUUGCUUAAGCCCUCGUUACUUUCUGCAUUUCUAUCCCAAGCAGCUGGACAUAAUCCUACCUGUUAUAAUUGGUAUUAUCCUUAUUCUAAUGACACCUGUAUUCCCAGAGAGGUAAAUAAUCUUUAUUUAGGACACAAACCCAAGGCAGUCUUGCUCCAAGUUCAGUGUUUUCCCUGCACCAUAAUUACGCCAACACAAAUGAAACCAACUCACAGUCUCUUUUAGUGACAGUGGGAAUGUACAUAGGACGUUUGAGGAGAGAAUUUUAGCAAGUUGUUAAGCCAGAUAUAUGUGCAUGGAAUCAGCUUUUUACAUCAGUGUGUCAAAACAGUGCUUUUUUCGUGUCCUUAUUAGGGAGCCUCAUUCAAGCAGUUCUUGCAAAAGCUCUGGAAUUCUGAGCCUCAAAGGAAGAGAUGAAGAAAAAAGUUAAAUUUGUUGAGCUAAAGGAAACAUCAGGUAAAAAGCAAACAGAAACAUCAUCAGAUCAGAGAAUAAACAGUGUUAUUUACUCUCAUGUUUGUUUUGAAUGCCUUAGAAUGGAAGGAUACAAAUUGAAUCUCCUCUCUAUUUUCCUUUGUUGACAACAGAUGUUGGGAAAUCAAGUUUUUACCAGGAGUUAGGUUAGCUGAUCCUUCCAAAUGAUUGACAUCCUUGAGUGGCAGGUAACUGAUUGAAGUAGAGGUGAUCUAGUCUUUUGAUCUUGAAGCUGUCAUAUUUAUAAUACUAUGGAGUUUGCUUUGAUUACAAGUUGCUGACCAGACCUGUUUUUUUCUUUUUUCCCAUAAGAACUAAGAUUAUGCAAUAAAUGUGGAAAAAUGAAAGUAUAAGCUUCAAUAAAGGGCUUUUUUCCUAAUAAUGACAUCAUUAUUCUUAGUGCAUUCUGAAAUGCACAUUAGCCAUGCAGUUACUGAUUAAGCCAUCAUGUUGGGUUAUAAAAUACUCUUUUAUAAAAUAGAAAGAUAAUAUGGCAAGGAUUCACUUUGGCAAUGUAGAAGGAUGAAGAGAUGAGUUCUAGACCUAGCUAUGUGACUAACUCACAGGGUGACCCUGGAGAAGGAAAUAACUUGAACUUUCUGAAUCUCAUUUUCCUCAUCUAUAGAACAAGAGCUAAACAACCUCUAAGGGGUCUUUCAGCUGUAAAAUUAGAAGAAGAAAAGUCUGGGAUUCUGUUAUCUCAAUUUUAAUAUAAACUCUUUAUUGUGCUAAUUUCUGGGAGCAGGAAUAACUACCAAUAGAACUUUUAUCAGUAUUGUACAUAUGGAGUCAUUUUUGUUGGUAGGAACACGAUUUGAUAACCUCGUUUUUUUUCAAUUUCUGUAAUGCUAAAAACUAUGUAGUAAUAAACACAGUGGAUGAUCACAGUAUCUGCUAAGAGUUUUCUGCCCUUUUUCAGAAAUUGAAGAAAAUUAUGUGCCUGUACCUUGACUGGCAUAUCUGUGUUAACAGUAAGAAUAAUUAGUCCUCAGAUUUUUAAAUGGAUUAUGUUUUAAGCAUGCAUUUUAAAAACAUUCCUCCAUGGUAGUUAUGUUAUGAAUGGUUGCUAUUAUUUUAGUAACUAACCCUUGUUGAGAUGGGAGUGAAAUAGUAAAUAACAUUGUCAUAUGAUAAGCAUCUUACAGUUUCUAAGGAUGAAGUCUUAUUUUGAGACUCCUCCUCUUUCUGAUUAUGCAAAGAUGAAGAAUAGCAAUACCCUCAAAACCUUCCAGGACUCACUCUGUAACAUAGAAACUAGUAUGAUGUAUCUUAGUUUAUUAAUCAUUAUCAAUCAUUAUAGCUAAUUUACAUAGAGAGUACAGUGUAUGGAAAAUUACUUGAAUUUAUUUUAACCCAAACAAUUGUCUCCACCACCAUUUGUAUUUUAUUUGUUUUAGGUCUCUCUAUUUUAUUUUAUUUUUUUGCUUUUUAGGGCCACACAU